UUGCAAUUAAUAAUAAUGCCAAUAAAACUAGAAAGCGGAUUUCAAAAAUACUAUAUAUACAUUUAAAUAAUGAAUCAAUUAAUAUGUAUCGUGGUCAUUGUUUGCGCAGUUGCGAUUAUGGGGACUAAAUCUGAACCCAGGUUUUCGGGACCAGUGGGUGACUGUUUGGGACACAAACCUAGUUUUGGUGGCACAGAUAAUCAGCCAGGCAUAUGGCCUGUGACACAAAGUAACGGACACUUCACGGAUGCCAACGCCCAACGAUUCCCGAACAGUGACCCCGGAAAACGAAUUGCAAUCACGCCUUUCCGGGCCACCAAUCAGACCAUUUAUAAGCGGGUCGUGUGCACCGGCGGGCCCGUACAGGAGAUCCACGUGAACGCCACCUUUGAAUACGACACCACUUGCAACGGCUAUAAUGCGUGGGUGUCACCAUGGACAUACCAUGUGCUCGCUAAUGGACAACAACAGGACAUGGUGUUUGGCAACUUUUCUCAGUACUAUACAUACCUUAAUGGUAAUAUGUACGAAGCUCAUUUUGGACAAAUAACUUCCGGUCCCUGUGCUGGUGACACCUACUUCUCAGUCAAUGCAUACGUGGCGGACGACCAGUUGGGUUGCAGUGGACAGGGAUUGAAAUCAGUGUCCAUUCCCUAC